CGGGAGCCGCCAUUUUCCUCCAGUGUGGGAGACAGUCGCUUGUCGAACGAUUGUUGGCCGCUUUUUUUCCCAAGGAUUGAGCAAAUUUCACCAAGUGUGGGGCGUCGGGCGGACGCGCGUGACCCCGAAGAAAGGAAUAUUCUAAUAAGAAAAACGCUGACUUUAAUAACAGAAAAGUCAAAGGAUCGCGAGUGAAUUUUUGGUGGUGAUUGCAGUGCUCGCCCGGUGAAAAAGACGUCGAGGACGAGUAAGGGAUACAGCAAAAAAAAAUAUCUUACAUCCGACAGGUGUCGGUGUUUAAGGAGUCGUGAUGCAUUGGAGGUUCGGCGGACCUUGUUCAAAAACCGACCAAAAAUCAAUGUUGCAGAAUCAGUUUGUGUGACACAAAGCGACUCAAUUUAAAAAGAAAGAAAAUUUUGAAUUUAUAAAUAGUGAGUGACAAAUAUUUUAGACUAUAGGAGGGGUUUUAUUUUUCAUUUAAAAAAAAAUAAAUAACCCCGUUGUGUGAGUGAGCUGAAAGUCGAUCUUUUCCAAAAAAAAGUUCGCAGAGUGCAAAUUUUUAAAAUAGGGGGGGCUAUCUGACCGAUGGACAAACGGAAGAUGAUGCCCAAACGCCCUCGAAUGGAUAACCUGAGAGGUCCGAUCGCUAACGGGCCGAUUCAGGCAAGACCACUGGUGGCUCUUCUCGAUGGACGGGAUUGCUCCAUCGAAAUGCCAAUUCUCAAGGAUGUAGCGACAGUCGCCUUCUGCGACGCACAAUCAACUUCUGAAAUUCACGAGAAGGUAUUGAAUGAAGCUGUUGGUGCAUUGAUGUGGCACACAAUUAUAUUAACCAAGGAGGAUCUCGAGAAAUUCAAAACAUUAAGAAUCAUUGUACGAAUUGGAUCGGGGGUGGAUAACAUUGAUGUCAAAGCUGCUGGUGAACUUGGCAUCGCUGUGUGCAAUGUGCCUGGCUAUGGAGUUGAAGAAGUAGCUGACACCACACUCUGCCUCAUUCUCAAUCUUUAUCGACGUACAUACUGGCUAGCGAAUAUGGUUCGCGAAGGCAAAAAAUUCACAGGACCCGAACAGGUAAGGGAAGCAGCACAAGGCUGUGCAAGGAUACGGGGCGACACUCUUGGUAUUGUAGGAUUAGGCAGAAUCGGAUCGGCAGUUGCUCUUCGUGCAAAGGCCUUCGGUUUCAACGUUAUCUUUUAUGAUCCAUACCUUCCUGACGGAAUCGAAAAAUCGCUGGGUCUUACCAGGGUUUACACAUUACAGGACUUGUUAUUCCAAUCAGACUGUGUAUCCCUACAUUGUACCUUGAACGAGCACAAUCAUCACCUAAUUAAUGAAUUCACCAUCAAACAGAUGAGACCUGGAGCAUUUCUAGUAAAUACAGCACGUGGAGGAUUGGUUGACGAUGACGCACUUGCUGCGGCUUUGAAACAGGGUAGAAUUCGUGCAGCGGCACUUGAUGUUCAUGAAAAUGAACCCUAUAACGUAUUUCAGGGCCAAUCUGCCCAAUGUCCUUUGAAAGAUGCUCCCAAUCUUCUUUGCACACCACAUGCUGCAUUCUAUAGUGACGCGAGCUGCACGGAACUUCGCGAAAUGGCAGCGAGUGAGAUACGACGAGCCAUCGUCGGUCGUAUUCCUGAUUGCUUAAGAAAUUGUGUCAACAAAGAAUACUUCCUGUCCUCAUCUGGCACUUACCCUGAGGGUAUCAACGGGGGAUACUAUGCAGGAGCUUUGCCUGUUCAACAGGCGCACUCGACAACUCCUCAUGACUCGGCGCCACCACCUCCAGGUGGUCAUUCUGUUGUUGGCGGCGGGGGUGGCGGUGGACCAAAUUCGUCGGCGGGCGGCGGUGGAGCUGGUGGUCCAACUGGACCGUCGGGUCCAACAGUAGGCGGCGGUGGUGCCGGUGGUCCCACUGCGGCUCCACCUUCUGCUGGAAUGCCUGGAUUACCACAUAGCAUAGUGAGCGAGCCUGAUCCACGGCCCAGCCCACCAGCACCAAGUCCCCGUUGACCUUAAACCCCCCCAAGAUCUCCAAAUCCAACGCCACCCCUCCGUUCUAACCUAACCCUAGCCAUUUACACACAAGUUCCGACGACGACUAAAAACAAAAUAAAAAUAAAUAAUAACAUAAACACGGCCGAUUCACUAGCGCACGACGUACAACCAAAAAUAUCUGUCCGCUGCUUCCGAUAUAUUACUCGAGAGGAUCCUUUCCUUGAGAGCGAAUGAAAAUAAAAAAAAAAAAAAAUUUCCGUUUUAAAAUUAAAUGAGAAUGGGAGAAAAGUUUUUUUGCGAGUGAGAAAGAAACGAGCGAAAGAGGAAUAGGUUUUUAUUUUCUUUUGUUGGUUUAAUAUUUCCUUUUUUGGAACCUUUCGGGUAGCGCAGUCUUCAGUGCCGUAAAAAAAAACAAAACAAAAACAGACGCCAAAUACAGUUGGAUAAAAUAAAUUUAUUCCUGAUGCGACGAAUUAUCAAAACGACGCGCUACAAGAUUGUAACGUUUGUGUAACUAUACUUCCCAAUUUUUUUCAAGUUCACAACGUUUAUAUUUUGCUUCUUAAUCGCAGUGUGUAGGGUUUUUUUUUCUUUCCAAUUUUUUAAUAGUAUGGUAGUUAAUCUAGGAAUUGUUUUUAAAAACUUGACUCUGUUAAUUUUAAUUUCUACCCCCUCUUAUAAAUGACAUGAAAAUAGAUUUAAAUAUGAAAUCUAAGUUUAUUUUAAGAAAUUUUUAUUUUACUAUUAUAAUAAGAAUAACGGAGUUGAGCUUUUAAAAUUAAAGCCUUGUCAGUUCUUCCUUCCACGUCGUAAGAAAAUUCAUCGCCUAGUCAUUUAUUCCCCCUUUGUUACGAUAUUUUAUUCCUUUAUGAAGAAAAAUGCGGACUUGAAAAUAUAUCAGCUGAGAUUUGUCAAUUUUUUCCUUCUGUAUUUGGAUUCCGUCUGUCUCCUCGCUAGUGCUUUCAAUAUUGUUUACGAAUAACGUGAGAGUCAUCAGCGAUCUUGAUGUUGUAGAAAAAAAGAACUCUAGCUGAAUUUUCGCCGGGGGGGUUUUUUUUAAUAAUUCAAAUCCUUAUUAUCAAAAAUAUCUAAAUACAUUCUUUUCUCUUUUUUUUAUAACUGCAAAUCUAUAAAUAGAAAGUCCCUCAAACGAUUGUAGACUGCUUCUUGAGAAAAACACCUCUUGAAAGCAAAUUAAAAAAUGAAAAUAAUACACUCUUGAUUGAAUUCUCGUCUUUUUCGUUUAGUCACAUGUUCGUGAUAAAGUGUAGAGGUAAAUUUUUAACUUUCCUUUACACUCAGCAAUGUACAGUUGAAAAAUUCUUUAAAGUAUUCGUAGUUGAAUCGAACAUUUGACAAAAUUGAAUAGUUCGAGUUGUCGAAAAUUUUGUGUCUUAUUUCAUUUUUUUUACUUCCUUGUUUUCAUAAUAAUAUAAAAAUGCGAAGGGGGUGAAAGAAAAAAAAAUAAUUAAGAUUUGUGCUUCUUUUGCAAAUCGAAUAAAUCUUUCAAAUUGUCCGUCGUGAUUAAGGGGCGCGAGUAUCUCCCAUGUUUAGAGCAUUCUUGUGUUUCUAAUAAAUUAGGAUGACGGAACAAAAUAAGAAAAGAAAGAAAAAAAAGAAACAAGAAAAGCAAAUUGUGUUUUUUCAAUGAAAUAACACAUAAAACACAGACACACAUCCUAUCGUUUUAACGGUUUGUAAGCAAGCGAGACUGUGAGAUAGAAAGAUUGAGAGAGAAAGAAAAGGUGGUCGUGAGAAAGAUAGAUAGAGUGCGCGUGCAUGAAAACAUUAUUGGCGACAGAAAGAUUAGAAACAAGUUUUAUUAAUUGAUAAUUACGAUACGAUUAAUUAUUGUAUUAAGUGAAGUUGUGUGACGUUGCGUACACUUGACUAUGUAUUUCACUUAUUUAUAGUCAAGGGUUAAUGAAAAAAAAAAAAAAAAAACAUUGUAAAACAAAGGGAAACGAUUAAUGAACUUUUUCUUUUCUUUAAUUUGCGGGGAAAAAUUAAAAAAAAAGGUAGUAGAUUAUAACGAGAGUUUCUGGAAAUGAAAGAGAAAAAGAGAGCAACUUUGUUUAUAAAUCUAUUGUAGAGAAAGAGAGAGAGAAAGAGAGAGAGAGAGAGAGACAGACAGACACACACAUAUCUAUUCAGUUUUAAAAAACGUUCUUUGAUAAAAUUUAAAAUUAUCGACAAUUUUUAUUUUAAAAGUUGAAUUUUUUUUUGAAAAAUUAACCAAAUAUUAAUUUCAAAGAAAAACUUGUUGUUUAACCAACUUCUCAAAGUAUACUUUUUUUUAAACGUGAAUCGAAAUCGUACUUGUUUAAAGAAAAAAAGAAGAAGAACAAUUAAAAGAUGAUAAACACGAGAGAUUAAUGGAGUAAAAAAAAAAGUCCAAAUUCGACGAAUGUUAAAACGUCGUGAAAAAUAAUGACAGACAAAAAAAAUAAAAUGUAUCACAGAGAUGACAGACACACACAAACACACACUUCUUUUAAUAGAAAUAACUACGCAACGUACAUAAAAAAGGAAAACAAAAAAUCAUUAUACGAAUGUUGCACGACAAGAUGGUCCAAAAAAUCUUAAUUAGAAGGACUAGAUUAAAAAAAAGAAAACUAAGGAGGGAAAAAUAAAGAAGAAUUAAGGAAAAUAUUUUGAAAGGGCCAUUUCGUUUCUGCAAACUCGUAUGAUCUACAUAACGUAGCGACAUUAUACAUACUUUUUUUCAAGAAUAUUAUUACUUAUAAACACAUCAUUAUCUAUACAUAGAGCAAGAAUGUGUGAGAGAAUGUGAAAAUGAACGAAUAUCCCUGCAAAGAGACUUUUUUUUUUGUUUCUGACAAGGUGAAGAGAAAAAAUGCUGCGCAAACAACAAUGAAGUUUUUUUAAAAAUAGUUUUUAAAAUGAAGAAUGUUGGAGGUAAAAUAAUUAUAAUAAAAAAAAAUCGAAAUUGAAUUGUGUGCAAAUUCAGCCAAACUGUGAGCCUCCUGUAUAAUUUUCUCCACCUUUGUGCGUAAGGAUAGCCGAAAAGAAACUCCAAUUAGUCUAUUUAUUAUGACUUUUUCUUCUUUUUGUUUUUUUUUUUUUAAAUCGCUCCUUUCCUCUUUGAUAUAAAACACAUUAUGACUCCGUUUUUAUUCGACGAAAAUAAAAUAAUUUUAUUUUACAAUUACAAAAAAAAGAGAGUGAGAGAAAAAGAGAGCAAGAGAGAGAGAGAAAGAAAGGGCAAAAUGAGGAAUCUGAUAAAGAAUGAGAAAUAAAUUUUAAAAAAAAGAAAAACCACGCGAUAAGGAAAGUAAACGUGGUGAAAACGGCAACAUUAAUAUUAAUUAUAAUUAAUAAUAAUUAUAAUAAAUACAAUAUUUGUACAAUAA